UAAUGCCACUGUAAAAACCAUAGACAGGUACAAACCGACUGUUGACUUUAGCAGGGAGGAAGAUGGCGUCGAAGGUGAAGCAGGACAUGCCUCCUCCGGGAGGUUAUGGACCUAUUCAAUAUAAGAGAAAUCUGCCCACUCGGGGUCUCUCUGGUUAUGCCAUGUUUGGCAUCGGCGUUGGGCUUAUGGUGUUUGGAUACUGGCGGAUCAUAAAGUGGAACCGAGAGAGGAGGAGGUUGCUUAUUGAGGAUCUGGAGACCCGUAUUGCCAUCAUGCCACUCUUGCAGGCCGAACACGAUCGCAGGACAUUGCGAUUGAUGCGGGAGAAUCUGGAGGAGGAGGCGAUCAUCAUGAAGGACGUUCCUGGCUGGAAGGUUGGAGAGAACGUGUACCACACUGAGCGUUGGGUGAUUCCCAACUCCGCCGAGCUGUACAACCUUCGGCCGAAUGAGGAGUAUGUAAGGAAGAAGUAUGGCUUCGUCAAGUACAUGUAGUGCCCCCCCAACCCCCACCCCACCGCGAUCUCCGUAACCAGCCCUCUGCUGCCCCCUGUGGGCUGAGAGCAGCACCCCACCAUCCCAGAGAUCGAUCGGCCGCCGGCAGUCUGAUCUAGGACGGUAGACGAGCUGUGUACUGACUGUAAAUGUUCAAAAUCAAAUAUUAAAUAACUUUUUUUCUGUA